AAGGAACCUCAUGCUUAUGCCUAUCGUCCAAGCAAGAAGAACGGCCUGCUUUGCAUUAUAAGGUGGCGGUUAAUCCAAGCAGAAGACGCCAAUUCUCGACGUUCUCUGGGAAUUCUUUUGGCUUUGGUGCGAAUUUUGGAGUCUACCAAAUGUUAGCCUACUUUUUGUCGUCAGAUCACGGGCUCUUACUUUUCAGACUGCAUUCGAAGCAUCCCCCCGGGAAGCGAUGAUGGCCAAGUUAAUGCUGCGCGAUCCAUAUGUUAUAGAUAGCAUAGUGACAACAGUAGUUGGUUCCCAAAUUCUUUCAAUGUACGCAGCUAGGCCAACCGAAUGGCCGAAUCGUUCAGAGUCCGAUGCUGUCUACACGUCGUCCGUGCCAUCUGACACUCUUCCACUAGUUCUUGUGGAAAUUCUCGUGGUCGCAGUCGUGGUCGCAGUCGUGGUCGUAUUCGUGGUCGAAUCCGUGGUCGAAUUCGUGGUUGUAUUCGGUGUUGAAGCGACACGUAGCAAUAUUGUGCAAGGUUUCGAAUCAACUUCGUAUCCCUUCAUGAAACCAAUUCCAUGCAAAUGCUGGGCCAAGAAAUGUUACAUACUCGAUCAUAACACCAUCAAAAAUGACGCAAAGGAACUUCCUUUACAUCCCAUGGUGGCUUUUGAAAAUGGGUCAUGGACGAUGUUGCCGCACAUCAAUUACCACGGACGUGUUAACCGAAGUUCGUCAUCAGACCAACAUACAGUUCAAGAAAAUUAUGAAUGUUGCGAAGCGGUGCCCGAGAGGAUCCUACAAGAGCGAAUACUCGCGUAUGCGGAUGACGGAUUUCUCUACACGAGCGCAUGCAAACGAAAGCAUUCGGAACGAAACUCACCGUCGACAUCACCAAUGCCAGCAUCCCCUGACCUUUCUGUAUCACCAUCACGACUGAACAACAAUGCAACCAGUUUCAAGGACAGUAGCAAUGGUGAGAUACUGCGAUCCGACAUCGAUAUACCCAAGACGGAUAUGGAAUAUGUCUACUAAUUCAAAGAAACUGUCAAAACGAUGGACUGGAAGCAAUGCUAUGAAAGUGGAAAGAAUGUUGUGUUUUUCAGCAAGCACAAUAAUGAUGCAAGUUUAAAAUAAAGCAUUUUACAA